AUGUCUACCAAUCCCGCCCAAUCCGAGCCAGUGGCGUCCCCAGACCAUUCCGCAGUAGAUGCUGAUACCAGCCAUGCGCCCGUGGCCGCUACAAGCGUCACAGUACCGCACUCAGUCAUACGACGAUAUUUGGGUCUUAAGCGCUUGGAGAAGCUAGAUCUACCCUACCAUCCCUUGUACGAAAAUGCGGCGUCAGACCAUAGGACGAGUUUGGUCGAGUUUUUCAACCGUCUCUUUACUGAAAUCGAGCAAGUUGAUUUUGACAAGGAUCCGAAAGAAUGUGGAAUCUGGAGUCCCCGGAGUGGGAAUGUGCUGAUGCCUCCACUAAACGCCACUGGAGAUAACAAGGAACUUCCAGUUCCCAUCUCAGUCAAGAAACGUAUCCUUACAAUCAAUCAAGAGCGCUGGCUAGCCCGAACAUCCACUCACAGUGAUUCGCAUGUCAAGUUUUCCGAAUUGGCGUACUUGCUUGCACGAGAACAUAGUCGCAACGAAUAUGUUUAUACGCCUAGUGUCUUUGAUGCUGUUGAACUUCUGACGUGGGAUCGAGAAGACUUGCUCACUGCUUUGCGUGCAUCAAAACAUGGGCAAAGAAUACAUAAUGUAGAGAUGUCUAUCUUUCAGAAUUUUCACGAAAUGCCAAAGGUUGCUGGCCGCGAUCUUUUGCAAGACCGUGUCUUCCAUGUGCUGGUUGUCACUACACAAACCAAUCAUGCCGAGAGCCCGUCUGAGCUCGCUCGAUCCUCGACUGUUCAGCUGCCGAUUGACUUUGAGUCCUUUAAUGACAGCAUGAUAGUGCAAAGAAGCCAUGUGAAGAAAAUAGGAUCAUCAAGAACCUAUCAGAUUCCGCAGAGACAUGAGAAACCGGGUUCAAAGUCUGUUGACAAGCGGUUACCGCAUCAAGGAAAGAAGUUGACAGAGGGGAAGUACGCUUCGCUGGAACGGCUGACUUCAGCACCAAGGAGGCCACAAUCUGAUGUUGACAGCCUUGGUGAUCAUCGUUGGGACAUGAUGACUUUGAGUACGGCUGGGGGUCUGACACGCAUUGCGCCGAAAAGCGUGCAGGAGAAAGAGACUCUGGUGGCGACCGCAAAAGAUAUAGAGUAUGUUCUUGCAUACAUUGCUGAGCAGCGGCGCCAGAAGUGCGGCUGA